AUGGCGAUGGGCAGAGAGGCCUUUCAACGCGGGGCGGAUGCCAUCGAGAGCCCUCAGCAAGGAGCACUUCCCUUCACUGGUGUCUCCAACUGGAGGAAAUUCCUUUCCCAAGCCCACAAGGACAGCAAAGAUCCUUUCAAACCAAAGCAUCUUGACCUUCUUUGCUGGGUCAUCGAGUCUACAUCCAUUGCCUUCUUGCUCCAUCUAGCAGAAUAUUCCACAGAGCAGACAGCAGGCCAAGAGUCUAACCUCAGAUUGCAGAUGGACAAUCGCCAGAACGACCUCAAGGACCAGAUCCGCGCCUUCACCAAUGCCCUCUCCAAGUCAACCAAGCUGCCACUGAGCGCGAUCCACGAGGCCCUCGAGUCUUACAUCGGCCAGGCUCGCAUCGACGAGGCCACCUCCAUCGCCGCCCAAGAGAUGCGCCAGGUCAUCCCCGGAAGCGAGUACGCCGUCAUCUUCCACGGCUACCACGUCCACACUGGAAGCACCCCUGACCAUGCCUUCGGCUACCCCAUCAACUACCGCACCACCGUCGCGCUCAAGAACCCCGUCUUCUUCGACGUCCUCAAGUUCAACAAGUUCAACGGCGUCUUGAUCCCCCAACAGGGCCAGCCUAUCCCUCCCUACCACGCUGCGGACUACGUCCCGGGAUUCCAGUCUUACGGAUGUCCCGGCCUGGCGAUCCCCAAUCACUGGAUGAAUAUCUUGGCCAGCCCCACCGCCGAUGCCAUUCAUAUGAACGCGGAGAUCGCUUUUCCCGGACCCAGUGGUGCCGAGAACUGGGACGAGCAGACCUCCGACCCGACCUUCAACCAAUUCCUUGCUGAGAGCUUUCCCCAGCAAACCCACAUGGCUCCUCCUGGCCAGUUCGUCCCAGACUACUGGAACCAGUCCAGCUACUUUGGCCACCCUGAGCAUAUCAUCGGAGAGACCCACGAGCCCGUCCCUCAAGUCCAACUUCCCCUGGGAAUCGACCCCGUCAUCGACAACAACGUCGCUGCUGAUGUUGAGCACGCCGGACAGCAGUUUGCUCGCUCCCGCAGUGUCGAAGAGGCUACCAUGCAGUGCCCCGAGUGCUUCAAGCCAUACAAGCGACUCCUUUACUUGCAGAAAGUCAGUUUCCCAAGUCCCAUGGUCCGAUCGUCCCCGCUGACAACCAAAGCACCUUAA